ACUGCGUCUGCGCAGGCCUGGACUCCACUGCGCCAAGAUGGCUGACGAAACGGAGAAGGCCCAGACUGCCCGUCCGGGUGGAGACACAAUAUUUGGGAAAAUCGUUCGCAAAGAAAUUCCAGUGAACUUACUCUAUGAAGAUGAUCAGUGUGUGGCCUUUCCUGACAUUUCUCCUCAAGCUCCCACUCACAUCCUGGUAGUUCCAAAAAAGCCAAUAGUUCAGCUGUCUGCAGCCGAGGAGGAUGAUGCUGCAUUGUUAGGCCACAUGUUGAUAGUUGCAAAGAAGUGUGCUCAGGACGCAGGUCUGACUAAAGGCUACAGGAUUGUCAUCAACGACGGGCCCGAUGGAGGCCAGUCCGUCUACCACAUCCACAUCCACAUCCUGGGUGGACGCAUGAUGGGAUGGCCACCAGGCUAACCUUCAUCCUCCUCUGCAGAGCACUUAGUCAUGUCAAAGUCUGUUGUCAUGUACUAUGAAAUUUCGACUUUCAACCGUUCAUUUGGUGAAACAAUGCAAAACAAAAAUGAAUCAGUUUAUUUGGGUUAAUAAAGUUUACAACAACAGA